UAUCACUUAUUUAUGAUCUUGUAAAGUUACACCAUCGAAUGAAAAUAUUUUGCAAAUGCAGAUUUUUUUCUAUUUUUGUUAAAAUGCUGUAUCGUUAAACAGAUCUUUUGAAUAAACAAAUUCUCCUCAUGUUGUUCGGAAUUUUCUGUAUUUCUGCGACACUGCAUGUUUGUAAUGCUAUCCAUGUGGUGGGCAGACCAACAAUAAAGCCCAAAACAGACUCAGAAUAUGACGAGGAACGAUCCAUGUUCUACCACGAAUUUGAUUUUGAAGAAAAAGCAGUCGUGCCCCAUUUCUUACCGAAAACACCGCCGAAAAGAUGUCGAAUGAUAUGGGAAAAAUGUGAAGCCAGGAAUGGAAAUAUAGUCGAUCAAUCGUUGUUAACUGAGGCACCAGAUGUGGUAUGGAAUGGUGAACACGGUGCUUUGUACACAUUGGUUCUGUUUCACACACAUCUGUAUCUAAAAAUGCAUCAAGACUGGCUACCUUGGGUAGUUGGUAAUAUACCAGGACCGAAUUUAUACAGAUUAGGGGAUCGUCUUUGGCCAUACAAACUCCAUUAUUUGAAAGGAAAUCCAUUUAUUCAUAAACACAUUAUUGUGAUCUACGAACAAAAAGGAUUCAUCCAUUUCGACAAAGAAGACAGAUAUUCGCGGGCAAAAUCACACGCUGAUUUCAAUUUGACCGAAUUCACCUCUAAAUAUGAUUUAGGAAUGGCUAAGUUUAGUAAUUUCAUUUUCUCCAAUAAUUUCGAAUGGGAUAAUCCGGAGAAACGAUUCUACAACGCAUACCUGGAUACGAGGGAUUCUCACGCGGUGCCAACACUUUAUGGAAUUAAUAUGGAGAAAAUAUAAAUAUUUGAAUUUA